AAGCCACAAUCAUCAAUCGGCCUGCAGCUCAACUUGUUAAGUUUCUACCGCAAGGCUCAUAAGAUGAGAGAACAACCCAGAAAAUUCGUCAAGAUUGUCCCCUUCAUGGCAUCUUGUAUUCUUCAACAACGACUAUAAACAUUACCAUCAACAUGUCAGCCUCAUCAAUGAUGCUGCCACCUGAGCAGUCAAAUUCGACACAAGCAACCAAAUACAGCGAUGCGGAAUGGGCAAUGCAUCGGGACAGAAUUGUUGGGAUGUACCCACUGGACGGAAUAACGAACAAAAAGAUCGUAUCAAUGCUACACGAGGAAGGGUUCUUCGUCACUGAGAGACAACUCAGACGAAAGCUUGACAGUUGGGAUGUCCAGAAGAAUGUUAGGGGUGACAAAAUGAAAGUUAUAGCCAAGAAGCAACAUCACAGGAAAGCUGAGGGCAAGAAGACCACCUUCCGUUGCCAAGGAAAAGUUGUGAAAACUUCUGAUAUAAAUCGAUGGCAGAAGCGGACAGCAGCAAAAUCAAAUCUCCUUAAUGGACAACGAAAUGAAGCAGAUUCUCCUAUGCCAUCGACUCCUUCAGAUGUCAGCUACAGCACAAUAGGAUCUCCAAUGCUUGCCACGAAUCAGAAGCCAAUGGAGUCUACACUUUCCACGCCAUUAUUCUUCACCAGCAUGCAUAAGCCUUCCCAAACUCGAUCGACCACUUUCGAGGCCUCUCACUCGGCAGCAUCGGGUGGGUUCGAUGUCGAUGGUGUCCUUGAUGCCGCUGCCCAAUUCGAAGGUCAAAGCCCAGCACCUUUCACCGUCCCAUCAUCGCCUGUUGUGACAUCAGAUAUUGCGAAAAGUGCCAGGAAUUCAUUUUCUGGCACGGUGCUGGACACUCCUCUAAUGUCUGGCGAAUCACGACAUCGUCUCUCUGCGAUAUCUGACAUACCGAAUGCCUCUAAUUCCACUGUCAAUUUUGCACGCAUUGAGCCGUGGCAAUCUUUCACCCUGGUCCCAGAGAAGGAUACGGAGUUCGAACCACCAACAGUUGAAUUUCCACAGAAAGCAAGAUACAAGCAAAAGGAAGAAGAUGAACUUACUCAGAGAGUGAACGACAUGCUAGCAAGGCUUGGUGAAGAUCACCCCGCUUCUCUGGACACGAUGUCUCGAUUAGCAGGUGUUUAUCUCGAACAAAGCAGAUUCAAGACUGCUGGAGAUCUAUGUCAAAGGAUCGCUAAACUGACAGCCGCGGAACGGUUGCAAAGAGUUGUUCUUGCCAAGGCAGUCAAAGUUAUGCAUCCUACAGAUGAAGCUAUGCUCAACAUUAAAUUGUCAAUAGGCCGCUGUCUUUUAACAUCCGAGCGAGCGAGCAACUUAGCCGAAGCGGAGCAACUAUUUCGAGAGGUAAUUAGAAAUGGUGGGGUAAUCUUUGAGCCAGAUGCCGUUAUACUUCUUUGUGCAAUGGAGUACUUGGCAUAUGCUUUAUUUUUGCGUGGUAGUUAUAAGGAGAGUAUCAAAAUUCUGCAGACUGUGUUGGAGUCAGUGAAAUCGUCUCAAUCUGAUCGGACCCGAUUAUUACUGUGGAUGGGCAACAUCUACACUGCCACCGGCGAGCUUGAUAAGUCAGAAGCAAUCAUCACCCAAGUCCUGACGGACCGGGAGAAGAUACUGGGGCACGAGCAUGACAGCACUCUAGCUACUCAACAGAGUCUUGGCUACAACUAUAUACUCCAAGGACGUGAUUCAGAGGCAGAAGAUAUAUAUCGGGACUUAUUACCAAAGAGUCGCAAGCUUCUCGGUCAACUACACCCUGCUGUUCUCAAGGCUGAAUGCCAGCUAGCAUCUUGUCUGAACAACCAAGCUCGAUAUGUCGAGGCAGAAAUGCUUGCUAUGAGUAUUUUAUCCAAGACUGAACAACUCUCUACACCAGGGUUCGAACGUAGCAUUUGCAAUGCGAUGUCGCAGGCUGCAAAAGCUUGCCAUGGUCAAGGCCGAUCUGUUGAAGCUUUGGCAUUACUUGAAAGCGCGGUGGAAUUGAGCGUUCGUGAAAUGGGCGCCGAGCAUACUGCCACGAAGCAUUACAUAUAUGUACAUGCGGAAAUCACCCAGCAAAUUGCGAAGGCGCAAGAGUUUCAGUUUAACCCCGCGCCUGACCCUUCGUGGUCAAAACACAAUCCUGUGUGGUCUUGAGGCCGAUCCUUGCUUUGGUCAAAAUGGCAACAGGCACGACGACCGCGAAAGCUUAAUCAACACUGUGAAUGAGAUGACAAACUCAACAGUUACUCAGCUGCAGUCGAUGUGUCUUUUGGAGACUUUGGUCUUUUCUAUCAAACAAAUAUUCUUAAUCGCAAACGGCAACCCGAACGAGUCACUCAUUCUCGCAGAAUGUAUUGAUCAUUAUCGAGAGACGAAAGAUGGAAUGAGUAGCGGAUUGUGGGCCUAGUGCCGUUAUCAUGAAUGGAAAGGCAGGGUUACGGAUUUGAGAUUUCAUUACUCGGAGCAUUGGGAAUAGGACAAGCAUUUUGAACUGGGUAGACAUUGUGGACUGGACAGUUAUUAUCGAACCAGUAGACAUUGGGGAUUGAAC